GACAAGAUGGCGGCGCCGGCAGGGCGAAGCGCGUUGCGGCGGCUCUGCGGCGUCGCGCUCUUCGUGUCGCAGCUCUACGUCCUCUCCGGCCGCGCAGGAUCUUUGAUGGCCACGAAGCAUUCACAGCCACAGUCCACGUUUGCAAAAAGCCUGACUUCAACAAGCACAGAUGCUCCCUACUUCAGGGCAGCAGAAAGUACAGAAAUUCCAGCUUAUGUGACUAAGUGUCCAAGCAAUGGACUUUGCAGUAGGUUGCCACCAGACUGCAUGAUAUGUAACACAAAUUAUUCCUGCAUAUAUGGGAAGCCAGCCACUUUUGAUUGCAGAGUCAAACCGCAUGUUCAUUGUGUUGAUCAGAAUAACCACGAGCAGGAGAACUUUACAAUUAACAUGACGUGCCAGUUUUGCUGGCAGCUUCCAACAACUGACUACGUGUGCACCAAUUCUACAAACUGCAUGACGGUUUCCUGUCCCCGGCAGCGAUACAAUGCCACUUGCACAGUGCGGGACCACAUCCACUGUCUGGGUAACAGAGUCUUUCCAAAGAUGCUGUAUUGCAACUGGACUGGAGGUUAUAAGUGGUCUACUGCCCUGGCACUAAGCAUCACCCUGGGUGGAUUUGGAGCAGAUCGUUUCUAUCUGGGCCAGUGGAGGGAAGGUCUGGGAAAACUCUUCAGCUUUGGUGGACUUGGAAUUUGGACACUGAUUGAUGUGCUGCUAAUUGGCGUGGGCUACGUGGGACCUGCAGAUGGCUCUCUUUAUAUUUAAUGUAGUUGUAAUUUCCAAGAGGAGUAAUUGCUUGGAAAGGGCUCCCUAUAGAAGCGUGUAGGAGUCUGUGCCCUUAAGAUAGAAUAAAGAACAGUUGUUCUUUCUGUGUGGAUACAUUUUAACGUACAGUAUCUGUACUUAGUUUGCCUUUAAAUAAGGUAAAACAAAAGGGUGGAUCACUAAAUUGAAGUUAAUUUCCCUUCAUUUAUGGAUGUGCUGCUUUUCUGAGAAAGGUUGAUUACCAAUAUAUGUCAAUAAUGUUUUUUUUCCA